AUGCCUCCGUAUCGCUAUCCCACAAACAAUUUUACGUACGUCAGUUCCUGCGUAAAGUACAUGAUAUUCCUGCUCAACUUCAUAUUCUGGCUAUUUGGCGGACUGCUGAUCGGUAUCGGAUUUUACGCGUUCGUUGACAAAUGGCAGGCGACGGGAUUGAUAAAGUUGGAAACGUUCUACGACAUCGUACUGAACCUGUCGCUGGUGAUGAUCAUCGCAGGAGGCAUCGUGUUUGUGGUUAGUCUUGCUGGUUGCCUUGGUGCGCUACGCGAAAACACCUGCCUACUGAAGUUCUACUCGCUCUGCCUGUUGAUCUUUUUCCUUUGCGAAAUGGCCAUCGCCAUUACGGCGUUCGUGUUUCCGCAUAAGGUAAACGCGGUGCUGGAGGAAUCGUUUACGGACAAAAUCAUCACCACCUAUCGGGACGAUCCGGACCUGCAGAAUCUCAUCGACUUUGCCCAGCAAGAGUUCCAUUGCUGUGGGCUUAGCAAUGAAGGCUACCUGGACUGGGGCAAGAACGAGUACUUUAACUGCUCAUCGCCGAGUGUGGAAAAGUGCGGCGUACCGUACAGCUGCUGCAUCAACGCGACGGACAUUUCCUCCGGGCUGGUCAACAUAAUGUGCGGCUACCACAUCCAGCAGCAGUCGGUGGCCGCGGCUAGUAAAAAGAUCUGGACCAACGGUUGCAUCGAAAUAGUGCGUGUUUGGGCCGAGCGGAACCUUUAUGUGAUUGCGGGCAUAGCGCUCGGGGCCGCCAUCAGCCAGCUGUUCAUCAUCUAUCUGGCCAAAACGCUCGAAGGACAGAUAGAUCUGCAGAAAAGUAGCUGGUCAUAG